UCUACAUCAAGGCGCUUGUCUUCAGCUCUAACGUCCAUCUGCAGUCUCUAAUUUCGGUCGAGCAGACACAAGGCAUUCCCCGAACCACUUCAAGGACGUGAAAUGCUCGGCGACGACGAGGAUGUGUUUGACAGUGUGACUUGGGAGUCGCCCUCGGCACCACCAUACGAAACGCCUCGUGAGGGACCAGGUCCUUCUGGUCCUGGCUUUCGUCAGAGCACAUCGGACAGCGGCGAACCUAAUGAUCCAAAGUGGGAGGGCUACCUCAUCACCUCCGUAUCGGACCCGGUGAAGGAGCUUGCGGAAACGAAGGACGCCUAUGUCUCCUACCUCGUCUCGGCAAAGACGAACUUGCGUAUAUUCUCAUCGAAAACGCCAUCUGCGCGCAGACGGUUUCAGGAUUUCGUGUUCCUCAGAGAGAACCUGGCUCGAGAUUUCCCUGCAUGCGUCGUCCCUCCUCUCCCCGACAAGCACCGGCUAGAAUACAUCACAGGGGACAGAUUCAGUCCCGAGUUCAUGGAACGUCGGCGUCUCGAUCUACAUCGAUUCUUGCAGAGACUCUCCUCUCAUCCAACCCUGCAACGAAGCACCUUGGUCCGGGCUUUCUUUGAAUCAACGGAAUGGCAUGUGCAAAUGCACCAGCACGCCGCCCAUCCUCCACAUGCCGAGCCGACGCCUGGAAUCAUCGAUAACAUCUCAGACACUCUUCUUAAUGCGUUUUCCCGCAUGCGCAAACCCGACGAGCGCUUUCUGAGCAUGCGUGAAGGUGUAGACCAAUUCGAGGAAGGACUGGUCGUAGCAGAGCGGAUAUGGAACCGGGUGCGAAACAGAACAAGCGCUGGCACUUUGGAAUCUGGUGAAGACCUGACCGCAGAUUAUCACGAUCUUGCUGUCGCGGUUCAAGGUCUCGGAUUCCUAGAAUCGGGUAUCACUGACCCGCUCAACAACUUCUCGAAUACGCUGUUGGAGUUCUCGGCUCUUUUACGACACACGUCGCAAACAUCGCUAGACCCGUUCCUGAUCCAUCUCCAUUCACUUCUUGCGUACUCUCACGCAAACCGUGCUGUCAUGCGGCUUCGUGACCAGAAGCAGCUUGAUUUCGAGGAACUAUCUGACUACUUGGCCGGUGUCACGGCUGACAGAGACCGACUCUCAGCAGUGAUCAGUGGCCACGCUGGAAGCACUGGACUGGGGUUAGGGUCGUAUAUUAAGGAUAGGGUAGAGGCUCUUCGAGGCGCAGACGAUGACCGAAGCAGAGUUGAGAAGAUGCGGAAAUUGGACAUCAAGAUCAAAGAGCUUCAAGAUGCCGUGACCACAGCACACGAGACUUCCGACGCGUUCAGUGACGAGACAUUGCGCGAGCAGAAUGUGUUCCAGUACGCGAAGGAGGCCGAAAUGAAAGAGAUGCUAGGAGGACUGGCAGAUGGGCAGAUCGAAUUCUACAAAUCAGCCAUGGAAGAAUGGGAAAGAAUCAUUCCACUCAUUCAACGCAUUCGUGUACAUCCUUGAUACAUCUAUUAUAUUCCACAUAUCGGAACUUGGAUGGCGUGAAGUCAUCGCUAUCCCCCAGCUUCAACCUUCCGGGUCUGACAUCUCACUUUGGGUGGUUUUAGUGGAUUUGGGUGUUCGCUCGACGGUCGGAGGUUGCGGUGCUUGUUCAGCCAGUUGGCGCUUCUUCAGAGCAUCUCUCUCCUUCUGAAGCUUGACGUCCGAUUCUUGUACUGCAAGAGAAAGCUGUCGACAAUGGUAUCAUUCACAUCUGGACAAGUUGAUGCAAAAACAUACGUUGAUUAUACCAGUGUUGAGCGCGCGUAGCCUGGGUUCCAUCAGCACAUAAACACAGACGAAGGAGGGAUGACCCGCAUGUGAAGCUCAGAAUCAUCCGAGGUACCGGGUGUAGUAUGCUGAGUGAAGGCAGGAAUCCAUGGCGGUGGGUUCUUGUGCGGUGAGUGAACUGACAUUACUUUGAUCGUGGAACCAAGUCGAGUACCUUGCUCUUGCCUUUCGGCUUGACAGGCGCAGUUUCAGGCUUGAGUUCAAGCACAAUCGCAAACGAUACAUCAUCUUGAGCCGUGCCGGUCAGGACGCGACGCGCUGGGACAUCGAACGAUCGCUCUCACCGCCACCGUUCAGAGGACCGAGUUGGGACUCGACUAGAUUGAGUUUGACGAGAAAGCCACGGAAGUACUGCCCUAGUUCCGCGGCAGCGAUUCCAUUCUCGACACUAGCUGACGCCUUCAGACUCUCACAGGAAUGUCUCGGGACAAAGCCUUUGCGCACCUGGUGUCUUUGUUGAAAGACUCAAUCUCCACCAUCUGUUCCACAGAGAACAUGAACCGCUCCAGCGCCACCUCCUCUUUGUCCUUGAUUACAACGACCACUUUCUCGACAUUCCCCGCCAAGAGUUGGUCGCGAAUCGACUUGACAGCACCGGAGAUGUAUUCGUUGAGAGCGGGGUGUCUGGACUGAUAGACAGGAGUGUCGUAUUUCUUGCGACGGACGAACAAGUCCGCUGGAUAGAUCUGCCGUACGUACAGGAUGGUGUGUAUGGCGACUUCAACUGCGAAAAUGGAUGAAAUACGCGUUCCAAGAAAGAUCGAGAGGCAUACUGAAUUCAGUUAUGGACAGAAUGGUUUCUAGGACGCGUCAGCCUUGAAGAAACACGCUGAGGUACUACUACUCACGAUUGAAGGUCAAGGUCUUCGUCGUCAUCGGAGUAUGAGUCUCGUUGAUCGGCAUUGCGGUCCGAAGCAUGAUGGCCGCGGCGUGUAACGAGCCCACCCUCGCAAUCAACUGCGCU